GUGGCGGUACAUAGCUUUCAUUUUCGUGUCUGCGGCUCUUGGAAGCUAAGUCAUAUUACUUUCAAUCUCCACAUAAUAAUAGUACAUUCCAGACCAUUAGAAUGAAUUCUAAGAGUGAUAUGCGUGUCCCUAAACCUCCCAAACCUCCUGAAAAACCAUUAAUGCCGUACAUGCGCUACAGCCGAAAAGUUUGGGAACAAGUUAAAAACUCGAAUCCACAUCUCAAGUUGUGGGAGGUUGGGAAAAUUAUUGGGCAAAUGUGGCGUGAGCUCCCUGAUGAUGAAAAAAUACUAUAUGUCGAAGAGUACGAUGCCGAGAAAACUCAAUACACGGAAUUACUACGGCAGUACCAUAGUUCGCCAGCAUAUCAGGCUUGGUUGGUAGCGAAGGAAAGAGCUGAGAAGAGCAUGGAGGAACAAGACCAAGGGCGCAGGCAAUCAAUUUUAAGGUCGAGAGAUCGUGGGAAUGAACUUCCUCAGGGUGAUUUGAGGGAGUCAUAUAUACUGGAAGAUAACGAAGAAGAUACUGAAGACCAAUUCACUGCGAAGCAUGUAGCAGCCGCUCGUUUCCAGAGAAACCAUCGUCUCAUGCAAGAAGUUUUAAGUGAUACGAGACUCCCUGAUCCUGGUCAACUAAUCACCCAAAGCCGUCUUGACACGCUGCGUCUGCAAGUAGAGCAACUGAAAAACCACAAGCGCAAUUUAUGUCAAGAGAUUGAAGGGUGCGAAGCAAGACAUCAAGCCAAAGUGCAGCGCAUUCGUGAAGAAUCUGAACGUUUUCGAUUAGACUAUCAAAAAAUAACGACAGCAAGGCCAGUUAUCACUGAGUCUCAGUUUGCCGAUAUGAUAAUUAAAGCGAAGUACGAUAUGCAGCGUGAAGAAGAGGAGCGUAAGACUCGUUAUUUGGCGGAAUUAGAAAUCAGACGCAAGCGUCAACAGCAGCGGCAGCAGAGAGAAGCGGAGCUACUGGAAUCUGAACGCAGACGUCAAUUACUACAUCAACAACAGUUGCAGCAAGUUCAUAUGAGACCAAAUCAGGCAGCCCCACCGCACAAUGACCCGAAUAUUCAAUUUAUUGACCGCUCAUUAGAAAGACUGAUAACACAGGACAAAAGAGAAGAUACGAGUUCACAACCCCCACAAAAGUUGACUUCUGCUUCAGCCAAUUUAUUGUGUCCUGCAAAUCAUCCGAAAGCAGCUUCAGAAAUUGGACAUGAAAUCAACCCAGGUUUGUAUGCUGGAAUCGGAAAUACAUUUACACAACCAGCUACUCAAAGUUCAUCGCAAAGGUUUCCUCAGUCCGGUCAUACCCAGCACCACUAUCCACCCCCAUUACAUUAUGUGCCCAACGCCGCGACACCGGCAAAUCCACCCGUUUUAAUUCAUCAGCGUAGUCCGGUCCCAAAUAUACAACAAGCAGCACAAAAUAACACAGGUAAACCAAAUGCAGUAUCUUUAGGCCGUACCAAAAAAGUUCCUUCAUCUGCAUCUUCUACUUCAUCGGCCUCUUCUGCUUCGUCAACGUCGUCAAAAAAGAAAAAGGUUGAUUCUGACCUUGUUAAAGAUGCUGCUGUAACCACAACUAGUCAGGAUAUGCGAGAACGACCUAUCUCUCGGUCUGGCGAAGGAGUAGUCGAUCAGACUAAACCUGGUGAGUUUGAUAUGACUCCUGGACAGUCCAACGAAUUUCAGCAAGGGUCCACAACCCAAUCAAGGCAACUCAUUACUUCUCAAUAUCAACAAGCCCCAGCUCUUGCUAACCCCGUUGUUCCAGCGCAAAUUUCGGGGGGUCCAGUGCAGACACCCUACUGCUACGAAAUUGGCAUUGGGAAUCCGCCGAACCCCACUUUGUCUGCUGGCAGUUAUUAUCAUCAACCUGUCUCCGUUUCUAAUCCUGUGGGCUACUCUCAUCCUCGCCCUCAGUUUUCACAACACACUCCUUACAAUUCCGUACAGUAUCAUCCAGUUCCACCACAACCAUCUGCGGAGCAUCCACCUCCCCCACCAAUGUAUAUUCAGCACAUGCCACAACAGUCUCAUGUUCCUCAGCUCGUCCCACCGAUGGUAGGUCCCACUCAACAUACUUCAAGUCAUAUUCCACCCCAGCAACAUAACUCAAAUAACUGGCAUCAUGGUGGCCCACCACCGUAUUCACCACAUUAUGGUCCUCCCCGUUACCCAGUCGUAGGUGGCUCAGUGGGAUACCCAAUGCAGACUCCGAGAAAUUUCGGUCCCAAUUCCAGCGGUUAUUCAAUGCCUCACUAUCUUGUUGGUCAACACGGCCCUCAAACUCAUCCACACCAAAAUAUUUCAUCAGUACCUGUUUCUAUCCAGGACAGUCCUGCUGCUUCUCAGCCAAUUCCGGCACCACCACCGUAUCAACAACAGCAACAGCCAAAUUCUGUCGUCAGUUAUUGGCCUACACAACAACAAGUACCUCCAGACUAUGUUCAGAGUCAACAUCCAUCUCACUACAUGCCUGGAUCUCAGACUGAGGCAGUCGUUCCAAAUCAACAAACGCUGUCAUCUGUUGAUAACGUCCAUCCGUGCUCUACUAUGUCGGUGUCCUCUGCAGACGUUGGUAUGGGUCAGAUGGUAUCUAACCAGUCUCAAGGAGCCAAUAUUUAUUAUCAAGGUUGUCCUGUACCACCAUAUACCCAUGGUAGUAAUGUGGGGCCGAGUGGUUUUUAUUCUGUACCAUCACAACAUUACACGCCUCAUCAACACAGUGGUCAUUCUUGGUCUGGUUAUUCUAAUUCUGGUCCUUCCCAAGUUCCAGCCUAUCCACAAUCACAGCAACAUACACACCACCAGUCGCCUCAAUGUAGUACGGGUGCUUCUUAUCCUAUUCCCCAAAUAUCAACAAAACCGGAUCAAACUGUGGCAAAUGUUCCUUCGGAUAAUUCAACUAGCGUUGGUGCCUCUGGAGGUUCUAAUAGUCGACCACCAUCUACAAAUGACAAAUAACUUUUUAUGUUAAUUUUGAAGUCCUAUUAUCUGUCUUAAUAUUUUGUUUUUAGUAGUGUAAAUUAUAUUUCCUAAACGCCCAAUUUUAUUUUUAGAACUGAGUCUCAGUGAUUAGUUUGCCGUACUAUCGAUUACUGAUCUUUGCCCAUAAUAACGUCAGGUCGACUAAACGUUUCUGCAACUGAAGGUCAACGUUUUGCUUCAUUUCUUUAUGAGGUAAUAUUAAUCAAGAUAGUCAGAACUAUAAAUAUAUUUGUAUAUUGAUAUGUCGCGACGACUCAGUUUAACUCUAUUGGUUGGGAUACUUGUUAUUUUAGGUUUAGCUGUACGAAGCUUAUCGAUUCGAUAACGAUAAGAACAAGCGGAUGGCAUUUCCGGUGUAAGUUGUACUAGGACAGUACGAAACUUAUCUAAGUAUUGCGUGUACCAAUUUCUUAGUAUAUAGUGUUUUGAUGUUGUCGACUGCUUAGUGACUCAACGUUGGGAUACGUAUUUCUGGUGUAUAAAAUAUGUCAUUAAGACUGCAUAUUGUCACCUUGAUAACAGUCACCCGGAUACUUCAUUGUUAGUCUUAGGCUAUAUGAAAGAAUAGUAUUGAAAUCCAAAAAUGAAAGCGCACACUUAAUAUUCAUAUUUUCUUUAUCUUAGGAAAGUGUGAACUCAGUUAUCUCAUAUUCGUCACAAUAAACAACGCCAUUGUUAUUGAACGUGGCAAGAUUAGUAAACAAUUCAGCUACUCCAAGAUAUACAGCCAUUACGGAGACACCAGUAUUAACAUCCCAGCAUCUAUCCAUAUUCUAAUUUUAUGUGCUCUUGCAACAAGUAGCCCAUAGCUACUUUAGAAAUGCUGUUUGUUGGACCCGACGGGACCGUUUAUUGCUUCGAGUUUCGUAUUCAUGCAUGAGAUCAGUCCAUGAUAUAAAUUGCAGGUUUUCACUUGUUACCAUUACACACCCAACUUGUGCUAGUUUCGAUAGAUUGGUAUGUGUCUGCCAUGUGAACUAUGACCGAGGACAGCAUAAGCCGAUUCGUCACCACUGGUUCACUGAAGUGGGUCAUAGUCACCUCUUGUGACGAAAUUUCCUUUAUUUGAAGAAUAAAAUCCGUUAUUAGUUGCUUGGCUAAAAUUCAUGUGGUGUUAAAGUCAUAAUAACAGUCUGCUACCACAACGUUGAUUCUCACUAGCGUUAACUCGUAGUUCAGAACUUCUCACUUCGAGUUAGAACUGGAAAGAUGAACCUAAAAAAUAGCAGUGAAACGCGAACUUGUUCCUUAUCCCAGUUAACAUCAACGGUUGGAUUAAAAUUCACUGUGGCGUAUGCUUACGGGGAGUGGUCUCCAUUUCUAUAUUAGAAUGACUAAACUAGUGCUGAAAUGCCUACGAAAUCAAAUAAUCCGACUUGAGGCGCUGGCAAUCGCCGUUCUUUGUUGUGAAACAUUUGAAACGUGUCGUACUAAUAAUAACUUAGCCUUUGUGGUUCCAGAUAAAAGUUGCCUGGCGCAAAGACCUGGGUUUGUUCAAACAUUAGCGGUGCGGAAUUUCAAGUUGCAAGUAUGAGGUAGGAAAUUUUGCGGACAAUUACCGUGAACCCAUUAAGGAGGGACUUAAGCCAUAUGGUACCGACAUUGUAUAAUCGGUGAUAAUGACAAGGUGGGGAGACGAAUUCGUUACUGUGCUUACAAAUAUUCUACAUUAUCUGGUUCUAUUUUACAGGGUCCGGCCAUGAUGAUUUUAUUUGUGUUAACUCAAAUUGAUCUUAAAUCCCUUCGAAGGAAUAUUACGUUUAAUAACUUCAAUCAUGAUUGACGUUACUAUUGGCAUGCAUGCCAAUUCCAGUUUGGCGCACCUACCCAUACUAAUAGCAUUAAAAUGAUAGUUAGAAGUACCCUACGUAAAUGCAUUAAUUAAAGAGGAAUUAAAGACCGUUCAGAAAAGAAAAUCCUCUUUCCGGUCAUAUCAUUUAUUUAGGUCAGUCGUAAUUAAAAAAUAAAAUAGCCUACUAAGAAACAACGGCUUUAUGCAACUCCUUCAGUCAAGAUGGUUGCGUGUUAAUGGAAAGUAUUAAAACGAAACCAGUUGCAUGGAGGACCACUGUCCAUUCGACGAGUAGGAGAAAGGUAAAGAAUGAAUUUAGAAAACGAAGGUGAUAGCUACAAAGAAUAUAAGAGUAAAACCAUUUGAAGGAAUUACGGACGAACUUACCGUGUAUGAAAAAAUUAAGUUAGGGUCACGGUAAAAUUAGAGCUCUUAAGUAUCACUUCUGCACACAGUUCACUUUUAAAACAGCCCCUAAGUGAACUACCUGCUUCGUCUGGGCGCCCACACAGUAUCACACACAUAAAAUGAUGUGACAAUAAUUACUGAGAACACUGUUCUCGCUUCAAUUAAAAUUCAGAAAAUCCACAUCCAUUUGGUAACACUGAUUUUUGUUGUUGAUAUAUUACAUCAUUUAUCUACUCUCUACUAUUCUCACCCUAUGUAUUCUUGUUUUCCAAAUUAUAGAGCGGCUCAUCUAUUGUAGAAAACCUGUCCUAUCUAAACGAUCUCGAGUCAUUGACCAAAUGCUUCCACCGAAUACGAAUACUGAAACAGUCUUUCUGGGUUCCUUCAACGUUCUCACACUAAUGCAGAUCAGACAAAAGAUAGGGUCGGUUAUGUCUUUAGAAAGUCCUAAUGCCGACGUCUGCUGUCUAUCCGACAUACGCAUUCAAGACCCCAGUGAAGUACUACAAAUUCGCUCUCCAUUCGUUGCUUCGAAAAUCUUGGUUUGAGUGCGUUUAUCCCUAACCCUGUAUCAUCUUCGGCUGGUUUUGCUGGCGUUGGUAUAGCAGAGGCGCUAGAGCUGAGGUAGCACUGAUCGAUCGGCUAUGUGCUGUUAGAUUAGAAAGUUCCACCAAAGUAAGUAGAAAUCGGUGUGAGAAACGAUGUCUUUUCGCCAUCUCCACCUAGGCACCGACAGAUUGCAGCCCUGACGCGAUCAAGGAUGAGUUUCGCCACAGGUUAACAGUUCUUCUACAGAAAGUGGCCUCGAUAGAUAUUAUAGUACUAGCCAGAGACUUGAAUGCUCAGGUCGGGCGUCUAGGCUUAGAAGAGAGUCGUUUAGGUGGCCAAUUGGAACUUGUUGGUCGCAGGUCAGAUAACAGGGACCGUCUAUUGCAGCCAGUCAGUCAGUCAGUAACAUUGUACAACUUCGUACGUACGUACAUCAGUUCGAGUUCCCAUACUACAUUAUCACAGAGAUACAAUUGUCGAUUCAAAUUCCGUAGUGGUAGAGAUAGUAAAAGUAUAAGCAGUAAUCAGAAAGAUUAGGGUUUGAAGAUGUUAGUCGAGGAGUAUAAUCCAGUGAAAUAAAUU